ACCCGCUCCGGCCGGAAACGGGCGCUUGUUUCCGGCCGGACGGCCGAAAGCCAGCGAUCCUGAACCAGCCGCUGGAGUCGGAGUGGCGACCCGGUGUGGAGCCGGCGGGAAGCCGCUGGGGAGAGGCCAGCUUCGGUCAGUCCCGGCUUGGCUCCAGCUCCAGUUCCUGUGGGGAGCAACAGUCGCGGUCGCAGUGUCGGCCUCCGCCUCCAUCGUCGUCGGGGGAGGGGCCGCUCGGACCCCGGGGUCACUGCCGAGGAAUGAGGAGAGGCGGCCGGGCCCCGCGCUCCGCCCCGGCCUAGAGCCUUGCCCCGAGAGUCGCGAGGAGCUGAAUGGCAGUCUGUUCUAACUUCGCUAGUCAACUGGCAUCUUCAGAGCGCCUUCCUAACACAGGCCCGUUUCUGUGCAAGAGAUUGAACAUGAACACAAAUCUUAGCUCAUGCUACGAAUAAUUGAGAAGGUCGAAGCCUGGAUUUUGAUCUAUGUUCUGCUCACAUCCUGCUGCCUGAGAGUACUUGAUGAUCCCAUGACCCUGGACAUGGAUGCUGUCCUGUCGGAUUUUGUCCGUUCCACAGGUGCAGAGCCAGGGCUGGCCCGAGAUCUUCUGGAAGGAAAGAACUGGGAUGUGAGUGCUGCCCUCAGUGAUUUUGAACAGCUACGCCAAGUUCAUGCUGGGAACCUGUCCCCACCCUUUAGUGGAGGGAGUAGUUGCUCUAAGACCCCUGAAAAAGGGUGUUCUGAUAGAGAGCCCACUCGCCCUUCUCGACCGAUCCUACAGAGACAGGAUGACAUCAUUCAAGAAAAACGCCUGUCUAGGGGCAUCUCUCACGCCAGUUCCAGCAUUGUUUCCCUGGCCCGGUCCCAUGUCUCCUCCAAUGGUGGGGGUGGGGGGAGCAGUGAGCACCCCCUGGAAAUGCCCAUCUGUGCCUUCCAGCUUCCAGAUCUCACUGUGUACAAAGAAGACUUCCGAAGCUUCAUAGAGAGGGACCUCAUUGAGCAGUCCAUGCUGGUGGCCUUGGAACAGGCAGGGCGUUUGAAUUGGUGGGUCAGUGUGGAUUCCAUCUGUCAGAGGCUGCUUCCCUUAGCAACUACUGGAGAUGGGAACUGCCUCCUGCAUGCAGCCUCUCUUGGGAUGUGGGGUUUCCACGACAGAGACUUGGUGCUGCGGAAAGCUCUGUACGCGCUGAUGGAGAAGGGUGUGGAGAAGGAGGCGCUGAGGAGACGCUGGAGAUGGCAGCAGACCCAGCAGAACAAGGAGUCUGGACUGGUGUACACCGAAGAGGAGUGGCAGAAGGAAUGGAAUGAAUUGAUCAAGCUUGCCUCAAGUGAACCCAGAAUGCACCUAGGUACCAAUGGAGCCAGUGGUGGUGGAGUGGAGAGUCCAGAGGAGCCCGUGUAUGAGAGCCUUGAGGAGCUCCAUGUCUUUGUCCUCGCUCACGUGCUCAGGAGGCCCAUUGUGGUCGUGGCGGACACCAUGCUGAGGGACUCUGGAGGGGAAGCGUUUGCCCCCAUCCCAUUCGGAGGGAUCUAUCUCCCACUGGAGGUCCCAGCCAGCCAGUGUCACCGCUCACCUCUGGUGCUCGCCUACGAUCAGGCCCACUUCUCUGCGCUUGUGUCCAUGGAGCAGAAGGACAAUGCCAAGGAACAAGCUGUGAUCCCUCUCACAGAUUCAGAGCACAAGCUGCUGCCCCUGCACUUUGCCGUGGACCCGGGAAAGGGCUGGGAGUGGAACAAAGAUGACAACGACAACGUCCGCCUAGCCAGUAUAAUUCUGUCCCUGGAGGUCAAGUUACAUCUGCUGCAUAGCUACAUGAAUGUGAAGUGGAUCCCACUGUCAUCUGAUGCACAGGCUCCUCUGGCCCAGCCCGAGUCCCCCACAGCCUCAGCUGGAGACGAGCCCAAGUCCACCCCGGAGUCUGGGGAGUCGGACAAGGAGUCCGUUGGCAGCGGCUCCGCCGGCAAUGACGGCGGCAGGCAGAAGGAGAAGUCGAAGCGGGACCGGGAGAAGGACAAGAAGAGAGCGGACUCUGUGGCUAACAAGCUGGGCAGCUUUGGCAAAACCCUGGGCAGCAAGCUUAAGAAGAACAUGGGGGGCCUGAUGCACGGCAAGGGCCCCAAGCCUGGAGGGCUGGGCAGCGGGUCUGGAGUAAGCAGUGGUACCGAGACUCUGGAGAAGAAGAAGAAGAACGCCGCACUCAAGAGCUGGAAGGCUGGCAAGGAGGAGGCAGCUGGGGAUGGGCCUGUGUCUGAGAAGCCCUCGGCUGAGUCGGCUGGCAGUGGAGGGGGCAAGUAUAGCCCGGAGGUGAUGCAAAGCCUGAGCAUCAUGCGGAUCGCGAUGCAAGGGGAGGGCAAGUUUAUUUUUGUUGGAACCCUGAAGAUGGGCCAGCGGCACCAGUAUCAGGAGGAGAUGAUCCAGCGCUACCUUGCAGAUGCCGAGGAGAGGUUCCUGGCAGAGCAGAAGCAGAAGGAAGCCGAGAGGAAGAUCAUGAAUGGAGGGUUAGUUAGUGGGCCGCCUCCAGCCAAAAAGCCAGAGCCAGAUGGCGGGGAGGACCAGUCCAGUGACUCCCCAGCAGAGUCCAGGGCACUGGCAUUCUCUACCGGCUGCCCUGGGGGCUUUACUAUCCCUCGACCUUCUGGGGGUGGAGUCCACUGCCAGGAGCCCCGGAGGCAGUUGGCAGGGGGUCCAUGUGUAGGCGGCCUUCCACCCUAUGCCACCUUUCCCAGACAGUGCCCUCCUGGGCGACCCUCCCCUCCCCAGGACAGCAUGCCAUCUCUGGAGCCAGGCAAAGAUGGAGUUCACAGGGGUGCCUUGCUACCACCCCAGUUCCGUGUGGCUGAUUCCUAUAGCAAUGGCUACAGAGAGCCCCCUGAGCCAGAUGGAUGGGCCGGAGGUUCCCGGGGGGCUCUCCCAACCCAGACCAAAUGCAAACAACCGAACUGCGGCUUCUAUGGACACCCUGAGACAAACAACUUCUGCUCUUGCUGUUACCGGGAAGAACUGAGGAGGAGGGACCGGGAACCAGGUGGGGAAGUGCUGGCGCACAGGUUCUGAAUGGGUAGAACCUCAGCGGGAAAGGGGCCAAACAAAGAAAGUUAAGCUCAACUCUGGCUCAGGAGACCAGCCCCUGUGUGGACGGGGCACGUGCAGAAGUGUUGGGGAGAGCUGGAGCGCGGCAGGCUGGCAAGAGCAGGACAGGCUGGCACUGCCUCAGGGCUGUGCUGCUCUCAGGAUGGGUUUGACCUCGGACUGCAGGACUGACGGACGGAAGGGGAGGACUGUCUCAUAACCUCCCGCGCUGUCCCGGCCCAAGGGAAAGAAGGGAAGUAAUUGGUGUGUGGGGUGGGAGGUGGGUGGACAUGUUGGGGGAGGAACCGGGAAAGAAGGUUCUGGGUCAGCUAAGGAAAAGCUAGGCCAAAGUUCACUGACUUCAGAAAAAAAGCACAUGGUGGUGGCGUUGGGAGUACAGAGCGAACCCGAGACACUGAACCAGUUUGAUCUUGGUUUGAAUUAGGUAGGUGACGGGCUUGGGUACAUUCUUCUUCCGGAAGGAAGGGUCAGGCAGUGUGUGCCUGGCCUACUUAGAAAGGGGAUUCUCAAUCCCAGUGAGUGGACGUAGGAAACGGGGGAACUUGGAAUUCUUUUCCAGUAAGUUCUAUGUUGUAGCUAGUCAUCUGCCAUCCAUUCUAGUUUAGGGGGGUUUGCCUGUUGCCCCCAUCUUUUCCUCAUCCUUUUUGAGGACUGAGCUCAGCUAAGUUAAGAAGUUGUGAUUUAAAGAAGUUUUUAUUUUAAAAGCAAGUCCUCUUUGGGAGAGAGAAGGGCGGGAAGAGCAGCCUCGUGUGUGGGGUUCUCUUUAGGUGGGUGCAGACUGAGCUGUUUUUAACUACUUAGCAAUAACUACAUGUGGGCUUUGAGUGCACUGAGGAGGGCGAGCGGCCAGACUGUUUGAAACUAUACCAAAACCUUCUGUAGAGCUCUCCUCUGCUGCUGCAGUUCUGUAGAAAGCAGCUUAUUUUACUAAUUUUUUUAAAGAAAAAAUAAGACCCUGGCAAAAAAAGUUA